AUGGGAGGUGUGUCACAGACCUCAUGUGACAAUGCCAACAACGGUCGUUCAGGCUUGGUCUCAGCUUGCCCUCAGGGCACCUUUAAGUCGUCCCAGGGGGCAGGAUUAUGUCAGCAAUGUCCGCUCAACAGUCGCUCUACCAUCGAGGCUGCCACCCUCUGCGGUUGUCGCAAUGGCUAUUACCGUGGAGACAUGGACAAACCGGAGGACGUGUGCACCAGUGUCCCUUCAGCUCCUCGCAACGUCGUCUCAGUCGUCAAUCAGACAUCGGUUAUGCUGGAGUGGCAUUCUCCACGUGACCUCGGACACCGUGAUGACCUGUCAUAUAAUGUCUUAUGCCGCCGGUGCCACAGCAGUGAGCGCCGGGCAUGUCAGCCGUGUGACGACAGCGUGGCAUUCGUUCCAGGGAAGCGAGGGUUAAAGGAAACAAGGGUGGAGAUCAGCAAGCUGCGGGCUCACACAUCUUACACCUUUGACAUACAGGCAGUCAAUGGAGUCUCCAACAAGAGCCCUUAUCCCGCCCAGCAACUGUCAAUCAACAUUACAACCAAUCAGGCUGCUCCCUCAGCAGUUCCCAUAAUGCACCAAGUGAGCUCAACGAGCCGCAGUUUCUCGUUGUCAUGGCCACCACCCGAACAGCCCAACGGGAUUAUUCUCGACUACGAGAUACGAUACUAUGACAAGUCCCAGUCAUCAGUGCUGAACAGUUCAGAGAUCCAGAGCGAAACACCCAGUGUUGUCCUGGAGGGUCUGAGGCCGGGGACCGGCUAUGUGGUUCAGGUGAGGGCCCGCACUGUGGCCGGCUACGGAGCCUACAGCAAGGAGAUGCUCUUCCAAACACUCACCGACGAUGAGUAUAAGUCAGAGCUAGGACAGCAGCUCUCCUUGAUUGCAGGCUCUUUGGUAGGUGGAGUGUGUAUCGUCUCACUGGUAGCUAUCGCCAUCAUCUGUACCAGAAGAAGGCAGUUGAAGGAGAGUGUUUACGGUGAUAAGCUGCAGCAGUACAACACAGGAGGAGAGGUGACUCUGAGGCCUGACAUGUUCAGUGGUCCCGCCCCCACUGUGACCUUUCCCAGCCUGUCCGAAGGUCACAGUUCACCAGGGGUCAAGAUCUACAUUGACCCUUUCACCUAUGAGGACCCCAACGAGGCUGUCCGGGAGUUUGCCAAGGAAAUCGACCCCUCCUGUGUCAAAAUAGAGGAGGUCAUUGGAUCAGGUAGAUAUUUCUUUGGACUUAGUGUCUUUGACUCUGGCUUUGGCUUUCCCUUCCCUUCAUGUACAUCUCUGAAGAUGAACAAAUACCUAAAGUGAAAAUCCAUUAAAUCCAUUUAAUAUGUGUCAAAUAUUACUGUGCAUUCAUUUGUACAAGAGCUUUGUUGAAGAGUAAGAUAAAAAAAAAUAAAGUUAGUACUAUAAGCUGUUUCAAAAGUGAACGUUGGAAAAGUAAACCUUGAUUUCCUUUAAUGAGAUCAACUGUCACUUGAAACAACACAUACAGUAAAUUAAUCUGUUUCUUCAACUGUGCCACACUUUGUGUCAAUAAGAAGGAUCUUGAAACGCGCAAUGUCAGUUUAUUAUUUUGCUUUAUUUUUUUACUU